AUGAUAGACAGAAAGUAUCCCCAUGGUACCUGGACACACGUCUAUACAAAUGGCUCAUCUCAGAAUGCAGUUAGCAAUGGAGGAAGUGGUGUUUUUAUCAAACUUCAAGACAGAAGCUCCCACUCCAUAUCCGUACCAUCCGGCAUUCUCUGCUCAAACUACAGAGCUGAGAUGCAAGUCCUAACCAUAGCCACUGACUAUCUGAUCACCACCCAAGAAGAUGUAGGAGACAAUCUCGUCCUGCUGACCGACUCUCUGUCCGCAUUACAGGCCCUUAUGGCUGCAACAUCAGACCAACUGACGGAAAAUCUACUGAAGAACCUAAGUAGUCUUCUUCAAGACAGAAGAGUAGUCCUCCAAUGGAUACCAGCUCACGUAGGAGUACCAGGAAAUGAACGAGCAGAUCAAUUUGCGAAGGAAGGUAGCAAGCAGCACCAAACAAAAACCAGAAUGACCUACCGGGAAUCAAAAACAUUACUCAAGACGAAGCUGAAAAAUCAAUGGAGAGACGACACUGACGGGUACCAGCCAUUGAAAGACAGCAUCCACCAACUUGACAGAAAAGGCCAAGUCUCCAUCUAUCGACUCCGUACAGGCCACUGCAAACUCCACCAGCGCCUGAAGAGACUUGGGCUCCAUCCAACUGCUUCCUGCGAAUGUGGACUCAGCGACCAAACGCCAAGGUACAUUCUGCAGGACUGA